AGGCUCAAUUAUAAUACAAAAAAAUGUGAGAAUUGUCCACCAAAACAAUUCAGCCCUUCACCUGGAACAGAUUUUACUUGCCAGAACUGCAACGAAUGUACAAAAGGUAGUAUGGAAGUCAAGGCUUGCACACCUACCAGUGACACUCAGUGCAAAUGUAAAGAAGGCUUUACACCCAUUAAUCGGUCAAGUCAAGAGAUUUGUGUGUGUGAAAAAGGUUCUGGAACAGAUGAAAGAGGAAUAUGCAGAGAAUGUCAGCCUGGCUACUUCACAGACAAACGUAACUCGGUUUGUAAAAAAUGGAGAGAGUGUCAAAGUGGGGUUAAAGUCCCAGGCACAAGCACUUCUGAUGCUGGCUGCAAAAAUGCCUCGGCAGAGGUGACAGAAGCUCCCAAAGCCCAUACUACUACCACGGCCACUUCAACAACUACAGUCUCCUCUUCCAUUAACACAAAAGAAGACAGCAUCUACGGCUUGUGGCUGGUUAUGGCAAGUGCUAGUGUUAUUCUGCUGGCUGGACUCCUGUACCGAAAGUGUAAAGUCACCUACUGUAUUCAUAACCACAAGAAAGUGGAUUUUCGAAAAGAAAGUGUAUGCAGAAAGCCUGUUGAAGAAUCUGGGGAAAAGUGCCAGUCUUUGCUCGUCUAACACAAUUGUUAACGGCCUCAGUGUUUCUUUUUAUGGAGUAUGUUUUAUGUAUGCAAUAUUAGUUGUUAUAUAAC